UCAACUUAUUGCCGGUAAUAUGGACCAAACUCCGUACGAGUACAAGGACCGAACAGCCCUUACCAAGGAGCUCGGUACCCCGUACUCCCGGAGCACCCCCCACAGGACUCCUCGAGGCACACGGUCGAACGCCUUCUACAAAUCUACAAAACACUUGUAGACUGGUCGGGCGAACUCCCAUGCACCCUCGAGGACCGUCGAGGGUGUAGAGCUGGUCCAUUGUUCUACGACCGGAACGAGAACCACACUGCUUCUCCUGAAUCCGAGAUUUGACUUCCCGACGGACCCUAUUCUUCAGCACCCCUGAAUAGACUUAUCUGAGUUGAGGAGUGUGAUCCCUCUAUAAUUGGAACACACCCUCUGAUCUCCCUUCUUAAAAAGGGGGACCAUCAUCCCGUUUUGCCAAUCCAGAGGCUCUGUCCCUGAUGUCCACGCAAUGUUGUAGAGACGUGUCAGCCACGACAGCCCCACAACAUUCACAGCCUUUAGAAACUCCGGGCGGAUCUCAUCCACCCCGGGGCCUUGCCACCGAGGAGCUUUCCAAUCGCCUCAGUGACUUCAACCCCAGAGAUAAGAGAGCCCACCUCUGAGUCCCCAAACUGCUUUCUCAAAGGAAGGCGUGUCAGUGGAAUUGAGGAGGUCUUUGAAGUAUUCUCCCCAUCGACUCAUGACGUCCCGAGUCGAGGUCAGCAGUACCCCAUCUCCACUAUACACAGUGUUAAUGGUGCACUACUUUCCUCUCCUCAGACGUCGGAUGGUGGACCAGAAUUUCCUUGAAGGCCUCCAGAACUAAAACAGAGAAAAUCCGGAUUGAUUGACUGAUCUUCGAAUGUCCGAUUGUGCUGAUGACAACCAUGGCCUUGUAUCUGAUGCUCCUCAUGCUGGCCUCACGUCUGUCUGGACAAGACCUGCCAUCAAGCCCGCACGGCUGCACGGAUGGGAGCUGCUACCCAGCCACAGGAAACCUUUUGAUUGGACGUGCUGUGAACCUAAGCGCUACCUCCACCUGUGGGCUAAACGGUCCAGAGCACUACUGCAUUGUCAGCCAUCUCCAGGAGUCAGACAAAUGUUUCGAGUGCAACUCCCAGCAUCCGUAUCACCCGUAUCAACACAGAAACAGCCAUCGCAUCGAGAACGUAAUCUACCUCAUGGACAGCAACGGCGACAACACAUGGUGGCAGUCAGCUAACGGAGAGGAGAAUGUCAGCAUUCGACUAAACCUGGAGGCAGAAUUCCACUUCACACAUCUCAUUAUGAAGUUCAAGACAUUCCGCCCUGCAGCUAUGAUUAUUGAGCGUUCAGCUGAUUUUGGACGUACAUGGCGUCCUUACCGCUACUUUGCCUCCAACUGCACCAAAACUUUUCUGGGCAUCCCUUCUAAUGGCUUGCACCACAUUAACGACGUUAUCUGUGAGGAACGCUACUCAGACAUCGAGCCUUCUACCAAUGGAGAGGUAAUUUACAAAGUGUUGGAUCCUGCUAUUCACGUGAAAGACCCUUACAGCCUGGACAUUCAAGAGCUCCUGCGAAUCACCAACCUGCGUAUUAACUUCACAAAAUUAAACACUCUGGGAGAUGACCUUCUAGACAGGCGCUCUGAUGUCCUCCAAAAAUAUUACUACUCCAUCUAUGAGCUGGUGGUCAGAGGGAGCUGCUUCUGUUAUGGACACGCCUCAGAGUGCGCUCCGGUGCCAGGCAUUGAUACAAGAGAAAACGGAAUGAUCCAUGGUCGCUGUGUUUGCAAACAUAACACAGAGGGCUUAAACUGUGAGCGCUGCCAAGAUUUCCACCACGACCUGCCGUGGAGACCGGCUGAGGCAGAAAACCCACACACCUGCAGAGAGUGUAACUGCAAUGGCCACUCAAACCAGUGUCACUUUGACAUGGCCGUGUAUUUGGCCACGGGCAACAUCAGCGGAGGAGUGUGUGAUAACUGUCUGCACAACACCAUGGGACGCAACUGUGAGAUCUGCAAACCUUUCUACUAUCAGGACCCGAACAGGGACAUUAGAGACCCACAGGUUUGUGUUGCCUGUGACUGUGACCCUGUGGGCUCAAUGGAGGGAGGGGUUUGUGACAGUCACACCGAUCCAGACAUGGGAAUGAUCAGUGGACAGUGUCGCUGCAAAGCCAACGUCAAAGGAUUGCGCUGUGACGAUUGCAAGGAGGGCUACUUUGGACUCAGCCAGAAUGACCCACUGGGCUGUCAACCUUGCAACUGUGAUCCUCGUGGCAUAAUAAUGAUGGGAGCCCCAUGUGACCAGAUUAGCGGCGACUGCUCUUGUAAAAGAUAUGUCACCGGUCGCUUCUGCAACCAGUGUCUGCCUGAAUUCUGGGGUCUCAGUAAUGACCUUGCCGGUUGUAGACAAUGUGACUGUGACUUUGGAGGAGCCAUCAAUAAUAGGUGCAUGAUGGAGAAUGGACAGUGUGACUGCAGGAGCCAUCUAAUUGGUCGACAGUGCUCUGAGGUGCAGCCUGGCUAUUUCUGCGCCCCACUGGACUUCUACAAAUAUGAGGCCGAAGGAGCCACAGGACACUCGCCCAUUGACGCCGCUUUACCUGGCAAAGUUCGACCUCAAGCAGAGACAGACUGCGUUCAACACCUCAGUAACCAGCUCAGAAGACACAGGCGUCACAGGCGCAUCGCCAACCCACAACAGCAUCGUGCGGCACUCAGGCGAAUCCGCCAGCUUCAGCAGACACCUGAUGUGAGGACUGUUUAUAGAGAACACACCCUAAGUCACACAGUAACCUGGACUGGACCUGGUUUUGCUCGAGUAAAAGAUGGUGCUGGCCUGGUGUUUAAUCUAGACAACAUUCCAUAUGCCAUGGAGUACGACAUCAUGAUCCGUUAUGAACCUGAGUCCACAGAGGACUGGGAGGCCAUAGUGAGUAUAACAUCUGUAAACCUGCCUUCCAGUCUCCGCUGCGGAAACCUUCUUCCAACUGAGCAGCUCUACACUGUAACCUUGCCGCAUCGCAGCAGAUACGUCCAAAUGCCGAGGCCGUUCUGUUUUGAGCCUAAUAAUCAUUACGUGGUCGCCAUCCGCUUCCAGCGCCAUGGAGUUACGCACAGACAUCUCACUGCCUUCAUUCUUAUUGAUUCGUUGGUUCUGAUCCCCAAAUACACUGAACUUCCUGGUUUCCAAGGCAAUGAGAUUGAGGGAGAGCUGCGACGUGAGGAGAUGAUUCGCUACAUGUGUCUGGAUUCCUUUUUGAUCACACCAAUGCCCGCCUUAGCCGACGUCUGCUCCAGGCUAAUUUGCAGUAUUUCGGCAAUCAUUCAUGACGGCGCACUGCCCUGCCAGUGUGAUCCUCAAGGCUCCCUCUCGAGCGAGUGUGACAGAGUUGGAGGUCAGUGCCGCUGUAAGCCCAAUGUGAUGGGUCGACGCUGUGAACAGUGUGCUCCAGGAACCUAUGGCUUCGGAGCCAAUGGAUGUACUGCCUGUGACUGCCAUUCCGAGGGUUCACUGAGUCACCAAUGUGACCCAGUUACCGGCCAGUGCCAGUGUCGCGAUGGCGCAACUGGACGCCAGUGCUCCGACUGCCAACCCGGCCAGUGGGGUUUCCCGAGCUGCAGCCCCUGUCAGUGUAACGGCCACGCAGACAGCUGCGACUCCUACACUGGCUCUUGUAGAGAAUGCCGAGACUACACCGCCGGCCAUUUCUGUGAGCGAUGUCAGGAUGGAUUCUUCGGAAACCCUACACUUGGCUCAGGGGAACACUGUCGCCCCUGCUCAUGCCCUGGUAAUCCCGGUUCAGAUCACUUCAACGGACACUCCUGCCAAGCUGACCACUCUUCGAACCUCAUUAUGUGUAACUGCAGAGAAGGCUAUGCUGGGCCCCGCUGUGACCAGUGUGCCCCCGGUUACUACGGCACUCCAGAGCAAACUGGUGGACAGUGCCUUCCAUGUGAAUGCAGUGGCAAUAUCGACACUCAAGACCCUGAGUCAUGUGACCGGAAGACAGGUCAAUGCCUCAAGUGCCUGUACCACACGGAUGGUCCGUCUUGUGCCCAAUGUCAACAGGGUUACUAUGGCAGUGCUUUGGCCCAUGACUGUAGACGCUGCACCUGUUUGACUGCUGGUACUGUCCAGUCAACAUGCUCUGAUGGACAGUGUGACUGUGAUCGACAGACUGGUGCUUGCUUAUGCAAGGAGAACAUCAUUGGUCAUAACUGUGACCAGUGUGCUCCUGACCAUUGGAACUAUGGUCGGGAGCUUGGCUGUGAGCCCUGCAACUGCGAAUUACAGCAUUCAGUGGGAACUCACUGCAAUAUGUUCAGUGGUCAGUGCCAUUGCCGCCCAGGCUUUGGAGGAAAACAGUGCACAGAGUGUGAGCAGCUUCACUGGGGAGACCCGCGGGUGCAAUGUCAAGAGUGUAACUGCCAUCCUCAGGGCUCAGAGGUAGCUCAGUGUCACCGGACAACUGGAGCAUGCCAGUGCAAGGAGGGCGCAGCAGGGAAGCGCUGUGAUGAAUGUGCCCGUGGCUUCACGGGUGUUUUUCCUGAGUGCAUGCAGUGUCACGCCUGCUUCCAGUUGUGGGACGACGUUGUGUGUCAGCUGAAGCGUGACCUGGAGCACAUUCAGCACACUGCCAGCAAGAUCUUGGAAAGUGGGGUCACACCCGGACUGGGCGAUGGUCGUAUAAGAGCACUGGAGGAGAAGCUGAAGCAGGUUCAGGAUCUCCUUGGUAAUGACGACAGCGAAAGAAUCCACCAACUGCUUGGACAGAGCAUUGAUGACCUCAGGGCAGAGAUUGCAUUGACGGACGGGCGUCUGAUGGGUGUCGCUCGAGAGCUCAACACAACAGCAGAGGACGACAGUGCACUGAGACGGACGCUAACUGACAUGGAAAGAGAGUUGAUGGACGUCAACGCGACGGUGGCUUCUAAACAGAAGCAGAUAGAAGACUACCUCACCUCAGGAUUUUCAGAUCAGUUCAAAAAAGUGAAGAAAUACUAUCAGGAAUCGUCAGAGGCGGAGCAGAAAUGCAACGCCUCAGUGUCAGGUCCCGCCAGUCCUGUGGAACAGUCCAAACAAAUGCGCUCCCUCACUGAAGACCUACUGAACAUGACUGAAGACAAGUUCCUCCAUGCCAUGGCAGCUCAGAACAAUUCUUUGGAGGAGCUGAAGCACAAAGCCCAUAAGCUGGACCAAGAGGUCCACCACCUCAGUGACGAGGUGUGUGGGGGCCACAGUAAUGCCAGUGUCAACGGCAGCUGCGAAGACAGCCCCUGUGGUGGUGCUGGUUGCCGCGACAACCAGGGCAACCAUGUAUGCGGAGGGGAUGGAUGUAACGGGGCAGUGAGCGCUACUUUAGCUGCGUUAAAUCUCGCCAAGAAUGCCACAAACACCUUGGAUGCUGCUAAUGAGGAACUGCAUAAUGUAGCCAAGAAGCUCCAGGAUAUAGCAUCUUUGAGCCAAGAUGUGAAGAAUCAGGCCUUGAACACCCUGGAGAAAGCACGAAAAAACAAAGACCAUUUUGAAAACUCAAACAAGAAGCUCAAAGAGUUCAUCAAGAAGAUUAAAGAUUUCCUCACUGAGGAGGGAGCAGAUCCAGAGAGCAUAGAGAAGGUGGCCCUGCAGGUUUUGUCCAUUACACUUCCGGUCAACAAGACCACGGUUGACACAAUGAUCAUGCAAAUAAAGGACAGCCUUUCCAACCUCACUAACGUUGAUGGGAUAAUCAGCAAUACUUCACAGCACAUCAAUGAAGCUAAGCAACUUCUUGAAAAAGCUAAUGAAGCAAAAAGUCGAGCUGAGACAGUGAAGGAUGCAGCCAACGCUACAAAGAUGGCCUUGGAUCUGUCUGAGAAGGCCAUCGAAAAAGCAAGAAGCGCCCUAAAAGAGACUUCUGACAAUCUGGACGGUACCAGGAAUGCCACUUCUGAGGUGGAUGACAGGUUAACACAGUUAGAGAUCAAGCAAACAGAGGUCAUGAUGCGUCUAAACAACCUCUCCAUAGAAAUUGAAGCUUUGAGAAACAAAACUGAGCUGAACAGAGAAAUGGCAAAAGAAGCUAAAGCUCUGGCGGACAAUGCCACACUCCAGACGUCAUCGCUGAAGGAGAGCCUCAACGACACAGAGAGGCGCUACCGAGAGCUGCAGGAGAAAGUGGACUCGCUUGGCAGUGGCACUCAAGGCCUGAACUCUAUCAACCAGAAAGCCAAGGAGAUCAAGAGAGAGGCAGAAGAGCUUCUCAACAAAGCCAACAAGGGCAUGGAGCAGCUCAAGAGGCUGGAGAAGAAGUUCAAAAACAACGAGCAACGGAUGCAGCAACAGCGGACGGAGUUGGACGAGUUGAAGGAAAACGCCACUUCGGUGCGGGACGUCAUCCGCGACCAAGUGCAGAAGUACGGGAGCUGCUCAUGAGGGUGCCGUCAUUCCCAAUUUGACUUUAGCUGCUUGAGCCGGAGCAGAGUCGCCAUUACAGCGAUAAUGUUUGUUUGACUCCUCUUUCAUGUGACUUGCUAAGAAAUGUCCAUGUACUGUAUCACGUUGAGACACGCUAUUCCGUGUGCUCUUUGCGUCUUAAGCUAUCAAAACAAAAGGAUGACCUGUGGGAAGGAUUUGUUUGUUUGAUUUAUCAUGAUUAUGAAAAUAUUUACCAGUGUAUAGCCCCUUUGUAUGUUAAAAAUUUCAAUAUUUUUACCACAAUAUGACACUGUUAUUGUAUGUGCCGUUAACGAAAUCACAUUCCUGUAAAGGGAGCAAAGUGGACCUGACUGAUUUUGUUUUUUAAUUAUAUGGUAUGUUUAUUUUUAUUGCAAAAGAAGCUCUUAAUUAAACAAAUAUUAUAUGAA